CAAGUGUAACGGCGAUUUCCGAUUUCCGACAGACGCGACGUCGAGUUCGUCCAGCGGUCUUUAAAAGAGGUUCUAUUUCUGCAGAACUUGGAUCGAUCGUUUCAAUUCUCUAAGAAACGCGUGGAUCCAUCUCAGAAAUGGAUGAUGGCAUUGAUUACGAGGCCCAGAGGUUGGCCAACAUGGCUGCGAACCGCAAGCUACUGGAAGAGCUGGGGUUGCAUGAAUGCAAACUACCAGCUGCACCAAAGAAAGUGUCAAAACUUCGGGCAAAACGCCCUCUGACCAAGAAAAGAAGACCAAGCCGGCUGCCCCUCAGUGAAAGCGAGGAAAGCGACACGGAGCUCCCUACGCCAAAAAAAUUGAAGAGAGAUACAGAUGGCGGGGAAGAAAACAUUCAGGGACGCCGGCGGAGUUUGCGGAAUACACGGAGGGUCAGUUAUGCCAAUGAUGGCCAAAACAUCAAGCGGGCGCAAUCUCCUCCUUCCUCACCUGACUGGAAAGUCAGGAAGUCGUCAAGGAGGUCGCUUCCUAGAAUUAUCGAUGAGACCAAACAACGACAAGUCUCCAAAUUAGGGCCAAGACUUCACGACCCAAAGCAAUAUGGUGCUAUACCUGGGGUACCCGUUGGGAUGGUCUUCGAAACCCGACAGGCAGCGAGUCAAGCAGCGAUUCACGCGCCCUGGGUCGCUGGGAUCUCCGCCGGGAAAGACGGUGCCUACUCGGUAGCGCUUUCGGGAGGCUACGACGAUGAUGUUGACAUGGGCGAUGGAUUCACCUUCACUGGGGCGGGCGGUCGCGACCUCAAAGGGACAAAGCAAAACCCCAAGAAUCUUCGCACAGCACCUCAGAGUUGUGAUCAAACCUUUGACAGCCCAUUGAACAAGAGUCUCCAAAGAUCCGCUCAGACAAGGAACCCUGUGCGAGUGCUCCGGGGAUUCAAGCUCAAUUCACCUUACGCUCCCUCCUCGGGGUACAGGUAUGAUGGGCUCUAUGUUGUAGAAAAGGCCUGGACGGAACAGGGAUUGCAAGGCUUUAAAGUGUGCAAAUAUGCAUUCAAGAGGUUGCCGGACCAGCCUGAAUUGCUCGUAACAUCCGAGGAACAAGACGAGUCAGAAGCGGAAUCUUCCGAUCAUAGCACGAUGUCCUCAACUCCCGAAGCUACGCCAGAAUCUGAGGACGAUUAACGGGUUCCUCAUGUGUCAGAUGGGAAUGCGCCAUCAUUUUGCAUUUCUUGCUCGACUUUCAAAGGGAAAUUUUGAAAUGGUCAAGAUCGCAUCGGUUAACUUGAUUAAUGUUCAGCGUGAUUUUGGUCCCUCGAUUAUCAUUCUGAUGAAGAUAGCACAACAACCUCAGCAGACGAGGAAGUUCUGGAAGUUUUGGUUUUUUUGCGAGUGUUUCCUAGUACCUUGGAUGGUUUCCGCUUCGUGGUGAGAGUGAAUUCCCAAUCAUUCGAAUCACAGCCAUCGGCUUCCGAGGAUGCAGACCGCCCGUCCUUCAUACCACUUGGAGAAAAACUGGGGGACUGAGACCGGCGUAGCAGAUCAUUUCGCAAUGAAUUAGUGUCUUUCGAGCUCGCCAGUCGGGGAUUUU